AAGGUCAACAAAGCCUGCUCAGACAACCGAACUCAAAAAGAAAACCAGAGUUCUCGAAAUGGAAAUGGGUAAAAUCCUUGCCCGCCAGAUUCCUGAUGACCCCCUGAUUCCUUUGAUGAACAAGGAUGCACAGUUAGCUGUAGUGGUUGCAACUCGUAACUCCUCGGCCCUGAGUAAUGUGGUGAUCCCAACCAGACCAAGGGGAAGUGGGAGGUUAAACCCAGAACCCAGCUCAUCCAGGCAUAAUGAAGAAUUGCUAAAGAAAAAUGCUGAACUCAAAAGACAACUCAAAGACGUACAGAAAUCCAUUAACGAGCUAAAAAGCCCCAAGUCACAUCAGCAGACCCUUGACCUAGAUAGUGCCCCACUAAACCUAUCCAUCACAGCAGAACCGUAUCAAGAGGGAUUCAAAAUCCCCCACCUAGAGACAUAUGAUGGCUUAGGUGACCCAGAUGAGCACCUGCAUACCUAUCAGGCCAUCAUGAGAAUCCAAAAUGCCAAUGACGCCAUGAUGUGCAAAGUGUUCCCAGUGACACUGAAGUCAACGGCUAGAAGAUGGUAUCAUAAACUCCCCAAACACUCUAUAGACUCAUACUCCCAGCUCGCCAAGCUAUUCUCCAACAAGUUUGCAAGCCAAAGGGAGAUUAAACGUACAACGACUAAAUUGAUGCAGGUUCAUCAGAAAGAGGGAGAAUCUUUGAGGGACUACAUGCAACGAUUCAACAAAGCUACUUUGGACAUUGACAACGUCCCCGAUACCAUCUGCUUGUCUGCCUUGCUGCAUGGUCUGAAGCCUGGCCGGUUUCUAGACGACCUACUGGAGAAUCCACCUAAGUCAUGGAAUGAAGUAAAUGACAGGUCGGCAAGCUUCAUACUAUCCGAAGAUUUCCAAUCUUCCAAGAGACGAGCUGAUGAUAGGCAAGGUAAAGACUCCAAGCAACCUGAGGGCAGAGAUGAUAAGAAAAAACAGAAGAAGCCUUACGUUUGGCAACCUACCCAGACCCAUUUUGUGCAAGAGUACGGCCGAUCUCAAGUACAGGGACAUCAGCUCGGCAACAAUCCAAUUCCUUUCCAGACGAGGGGCCAGAGCGCCCGGGGCUAUAAGGCAUAUACCCGACAAGUGAUGACCGUUAACAAGAACAGGCCCUUGAAGCAGCCAUUUGAGGAAGUAGAGUGGGAGAACGUACCCAUUACGUUCAGCUCAGCAAAUUGUAAGCGGGCAGACGGAGAGCCCAAUGUUAUGAUGCCUCAUGCAGACCCUUUUGUGGCAACAAUCCAUAUAGGCAAUCAUAACGUCAACAAGGUCUUCAUUGAUACUGGUAGCUCACCGGAUAUCUUGUAUUGGAGCUGCUUUCAAAAGAUGCAGCUGAAUCCAAGCUCGUUACAAAAAUAUGAAGGGCCCAUCUAUGGGUUUAAUAAUCAACCCGUCCCAGUCGAGGGAGGGGUAGGAGUGCUAAAGGGGAACCAGAAGAUGGCCAAAGCCUGUUAUCAAGAUACUUUUAAGAAGGUCGAGCUCGCUGCAGCCCCGAGAGGCUCUUCUGAAAGUCACAGGCCAACUCAGCUCAGUCAGCAGACAAUGAGCAUAUCGGAUAUUGAGCAUCGACCUAAGGGUGUCAAGCAGAAGGUUGAGCCGGUAGAACCAGUGGAAGCAGUCCCUUUAAAACCUGAUGUGCCAGAAAGAACAGUUAAGAUCGGCACCAAGCUCACAGAAGAGGAGCGAGCAAAGCUUCUAGAGUUUUUGAGGGUUAACCAGGAUGUGUUUUCGUGGACAACGGAUGAAAUGCUGGGCAUCCCAACAGAGUUGAUAGUCUACAAGCUCAGCACGGACCCUACCAACAGGCCGGUGGUUCAGAAACGUCGCCUUUUUAGCCCUAAGAAGCAAGUUGCUAUAGAUGAAGAGAUACAAAAGCUACUACAGGCAGGCUUUAUAAGGAGAGUUGAAUACUCUAAGUGGGUGUCCAACCUUGUGCUCAUCAAAAAAUCAAAUGGCAAGUGGAAGAUGUGUAUUGAUUUCACCAACUUAAAUGAGGUGUGUCCGAAAGACCCUCAUCCCUUGCCAAAUGUUGAAAAGUUAGUAGAACGAGCCGCGGAACAUGAACGGAUGAGUUUUCUUGAUGCCAGCUCGAGUUAUCACCAGGCCAUUCAGCAGAUGGAGCCUCUUAAGACCGUAAAAGAUGUGCAGCGUCUGACAGAUUGUGUGGCCGCGUUGCACAAAUUCAUUGCCAGAUCGGUAAAAAGAUGCCUCCCGUUCUUUAAAGCCCUACGAGAGCCCAAGAACUUUCAAUGGACCGACGAAUGUCAACAAGCGUUUGACGAGCUCAAGCGAUAUUUGGCAUCAGCACCGUUGCUGUCCAAGCCUAUGGAGGGGGAGAGUUUAUACCUGUAUCUGGGGGUUACAGAGAAGGCGGUGAGCUCGAUUUUGCUCAGGGAAGAAAACAAGCAUCAAAAGCUUAUCUACUAUGUGAACAAGAUUGUUGUCUAUACCAAUCUGCCAUUAAGGAAGAUACUGCAGAGACCGAAACUCUCUGGUCGGCUUAUCGGGUGGAGUGUCGAGCUAAGUGAGUACGACCUCAAAUUUCAGCCGCGCACAACCAUAAAAGGCCAGGCUGUGGUAGACUUCUUGGUGGUGUGCCUCUCGGCGACGGUGGAAGAAAGGGCACACGAAUACCCAAUUUGGGUCUUGUAUGUGGACAAAGCUACUAAUAUUGAAGGAUCGGGUGCUGGGGUUGUGUUGGUGGGCCCAGAUGGCUUUAAAUCUGAGCAUGCAUUGAGGUUUAAGUUCCAGACAACGAAUAAUGCUGCAGAAUAUGAAGCCCUUGUUUAUGGUUUGAACUGUGAAAUCAGGGAUCCUCAGCUUGGUCAUUAUACCUCUGUGGUCAAUAGAUUGAAAUCAGAAUUUGUAUCUUUCCAAAUCGACAAGAUACCCAGAGUAGAUAACCAACGAGCUGACGAUCUAUCAAAGUUAGCAUCCUCACAAGAUAUCAACCCUCAAAGAUCAACAACUGUCGAGUACUUGCGAAGUGGCGAGCUGCCUGAAGAUCCGUCCACAGCAAAGUUGAUGAAACGCAAAGUGGCACGUUUCACACUGUUAGAUAAUCAGCUCUAUAAGCGAGUAGCAUCAAUGCCAUUACUACGCUACCUUACUCCUUAUGAAGCUGAAUACGCUGUAAAGGAAGUUCACGAAGGAGUAUGUGGCACACACAUAGGUGGUAGAACUUUAGCUCAGAAACUCCUGAGGCAUGGUUAUUACUGGCCUACUAUGGUCGAGGAUGCACAAAGCUAUGUCAAAAAGUGCUCGACCUGCCAGUUCAAUGCUGAUGAUAUUCACAUGCCAAGUAUCUGAGCUCGUCCUAAAGUUCGUGCAAACUUCAUGUUUGUCUAUAAACUGAGCAUAAGUAU